GGGUUAUAAAUCACCAUGCAUGAAUUUCUCUUUUUUGAGCUUUUAACAAUUGUAUGAAUCACAAUUUUUAUAAUCUAUGAGUGUAAAACUCAUGGAUCUAGGUUCAGGAUCUUGAACACCAUGGUAAUGCAAGUGACAAUGGAAUGGAAAUACUAAUUUUAUUGAAAUGAUAGAAAAGACAAGUUAUACUUUUUUUUUUUUUUUUGACUGAGGCAGUUUGGAACUUGACCAAGAUCACACAACUAGGAAGUGUUAAGUGUAGAAGACCAGAUUUUAACUCAGGUCCUCCUGACUUCAGGGCUGGUGCUCUAUCUACUGUACUACUUAGUUGCCCCAUCAAGUUAUACUUUUAACAGUGCGAGAGAUCCCAAUAGUAUCUGUAUUAAGUGGACCAUCUGGAAUGACAACUUAUUUCAUAUGUGAAAUUCUCCCCAGGAACCAGUUCCACAAUUGGAUCUUGUACAACAUGUGUUAUCCAGUGCAUUAGCACUUGGAUAAAGAUAAAUUAGGGGAUUUGAAGAGAAGCAAAUGAGUUCAGUCAGAGGUCACUAUAUUUGAAAAUAACAUUUUGGAGGUUUAAGAGGAAACCUUAAUAUGUAUAUAUGUAAAUAGAAUCCCUAAUAAUUCUAUCAGGUACAAGGAGAGUUAUUAUCCCUAUUUUAUAUAUGAAGAAAUUAAGGCUCAAGAUUUUUAUUGAGAUUCAGUUAUUGAAGGAUGUGAUUAAAAAUAAGUCCAAUAAACACUUGACAGUCAUUUAAUGAGAUAACUUAGAAUUGCCUCAAAUCUUUAAAUUUGUUAUAAAAAAAAAGCCUGCAACAUUGAAAAACAAAAUAAUUGAAUUUUCUUUUCUUUAUCUUGGUAGAAAUAAACUUAUUUCAUGUUUGUGAAGAAGUCUCUGAUUGCAAUAAUGGUAUUAUCUUCAUAUUUUGUAAACUUUGUAUGUUACUCAGUUACCUGGUGUUAUAUAGUCUAGAAGUAGUAAUGACCCAAUGAUUAUUCAUGUUGAAAAACUUUAUCAUUAAAAAAAUCAAAUUCUGGGUUUUGCAAGGGCAAAUAAUAGAGAAUUAUCUCAGGAUAUGUUUUGAAAAAUAAAAAGCAAAAUAAAAAACUUUAAUAAAAAUAAAUUUAAAAAAUAAAAUGCAUGAUGUGCAAAAAAAAAAAAAAAUCAAAUCCUGAUAGUUUACAAAUAAGAGAAUGUGGUCCACAGAGAUUGAGUAUAUUAUUCAGUGUUAAAAUUGGUUAGUCUCUAAUUUAGGACUAAAACCCUGGUAAUAGGUUAAUAAGUUCAUAUAUUUAGAAUUGGAAAGGACCUUACAGUUCAAUUAAUACUAUAUCUUCAUUCUAUUGAUAAUUAACUUGAGUCUUGAAAAGACUAAAUGACUUGUCCAAGUUCAAAAAAGUAGCAGAGUUGCAAUUCAAGCACUGACCAUCAGUCCUCCACAUCCAAAGCCAAUGUUCUUUCCACUGCCUUAUGUGACCUAAACUCUCAGGUCUUUGUAUUUCCCAUUUAUUACAAUCCUCUCUGAUGGUCUGUGACAUUGUAUGUACUAGAGAGACAUGCAUAAUCCAAUGAAUGUUGCUAGGAGACUUGAAGUCCUGGUAGGACCUCUCAUAGCAGACUGACUUGAAGUGAGGAUUCAAACUAAAAGCAGUCCUACUUUAAACCAGUGAAGAUUACUAUAGCUAGCAGCAAUGUCAUAGUAGCACACCAUCAGUUGCCUGCCAUCUUUGGCCAACUUGAUUGUAAGUAAACAGGCAGAUUUAUUUGACAGAAUGACAGUAAAUCAGCCUAAUCAGGCAUAUAGAGGAAUGAGACUUUUUGGGAUGACUUCUUGGAAACAAAGUUUUGCAUCAUCUUGGCUAUUGAGGUUCAGCAUCUUCCUGCUCCUUAGCUUUCCUGACUCAGAAGGAAAAGCUAUAUGGACUGCCCAUUUGAACAUAACAUUUCAGGUGGGAAAUCGAAUCAUAUCAGAAUUAGGGGAAACUGGAGUAUUUGGAAAUCAUUCUCCUCUGGAAAAGGUGGCUGGUGUGGUAGUACUUCCUGAGGGUUGGAAUCAGAAUGCUUGUAACCCCAUGACCAAUUUCAGCAGGCCUGAGCCCACAGAAUCCUGGCUGGCCCUCAUUGAACGGGGAGGCUGCACGUUUACCCACAAGAUAAAGGUGGCAGCUGAAAAGGGAGCAAAUGGGGUGAUCAUCUAUAACUACCCAGGUACUGGAAACAAGGUCUUUCCGAUGUCUCACCAAGGAACAGGAAAUAUCGUUGCAGUGAUGAUCGGCAACCUGAAAGGCAUGGAGCUUUUCCACUUGAUUCAGAAGGGAGUCCAUGUGACCAUUAUCAUCGAAGUAGGGAGAAGACACAUACCCUGGCUGAAUCAUCACAUCAUGUCUUUGUUUACCUUUAUGGCUGCCACGGUUGCCUGCUUCUUUUUGUAUUGUGCCCGGAGGCCCAGAAUACCCAGUGCUGCCACCAGGAGACGCCGGCAGAUUAAAGCAGAUGUCAAAAAAGCCAUUGGCGAGUUGGAACUGCGUGUGUUAAAGGAAGGGGACAAAGAAGUUGAUCCUAAUGGAGACAGCUGUGUUGUGUGCUUUGACAUAUACAAACCCAAGGAUACAGUGCGCAUUUUAACUUGCAAGCAUCUUUUCCACAAGGCAUGCAUUGAUCCCUGGCUUUUAGCCCAUAGGACAUGCCCCAUGUGCAAAUGUGACAUUCUUAAAGUGUAAGGAACUAAGGGAACAUUCCAAUGAUGAAACUUGAAUCUUACAAAAUCUAGUAUUGAAUGAAUUAUUGUUUCACUUCAACUAGAGAUACGGAUGAAUUCCUUAUAAACUAAGACCAUGCUUCACUAAAAAGUUAGUCAAAUUUGUGUGUGUUCAUUUUUUUUUGUUCAUCUUGAUAACAUAAAACUCCAUAGAAAAGGAUCAAAACUCAUGUGUGAUGAUGGUCUUCAUUUUGUAAUAAAGCCCUAAAACAUGCCCAGUGAAUUGGAUGUUACAAUUUUUAAAACUCUAGUUUCUUUUAUCCAACCUUUUCUGUGAUACAUAUGCCACCAUCCUCUGUUUUUUCACCUUUCCUUUAUUCACAUGCCACAGUAAUUUCUGCUAAUUUUCAAAAUUUCAAGAUUCUGAGGUGAGCCAGAAUUGCAGUAGAAAGAACAUUGGUUUUGGAGUCAGAAUACUUAGAUUAUAAUCUUACUUCUGAUUCUUGAGGCUUGUGUAAAUGUAGAGAAAAUUGCUUAACUUUUCCUUAAUGGUAAAAUAAGGAGGUUGACCUAAUUGACUCUUGAGGUCCCUUUCAUCUCUAGAAUUAUCAUAUUUCAUUGAUAAUCAGUCCAUCCCUCCUUGCUUAGAAUAUUUAGAUUAUCUUUGUGACUUUUUAUAACUAAAUAAAAACAAAAAUCAACCCUUUCCUCUUUGAAAAACAAAAAAUAGUAAAAAAAACAA